AGAGAAAAAAUACAUUCUUUCUUCUUCAAACCUUCCUCUCUCUAAAACACACUCCUUUUCUCUCUCUAAACGCCCGCAAAUUGUCGUUAUCCUUUUCUCUUUCCUUCCACUAACAAUCGCUUGUGAAUUCGAAUCUGAGAGCUUUCUGCAAUGUGGUGAAUUGAAUUUAUUGGAGCUGAUGAUGGGACCACCGAGAAAAUCUAGAAGUGUUAACAGGCGGUAUACCCACGAAGAUUCUCCCAGUAAAGACGAUGAUAGUACCAAAAGAAGCAAUGGCCGGAAAAGAAAGUUGACCGACAUGCUUGGGCCUCGGUGGACCACUGAAGAGCUAUCCCGUUUUUAUGAUGCUUACCGCAAGUACAAUAAAGAUUGGAAAAAGAUUGGAAGUGCUGUGAGAAAUCGCUCCCCCGAGAUGGUGGAGGCCCUUUACACAAUGAAUAAGGCGUACUUAUCUCUUCCACACGGAACUGCUUCUUCAGACGGGUUGAUUGCUAUGAUGACUGAUCAUUACUGCAAUUUGGCAGGAAGUGACAGUGACCUGGAAAGCAAUGAUGGGACUGGAUCAUCUAGAAAGAUUCAGAAGCGUGCCCGUGGCAAAGUCCAGCCUACUACAUCUAAAGCAUCUGAUGAUCAAUUUGUUUCACAUUCCCCGGUCACUGUGCCCGAUUAUGGUUUCCUAUCAUUGUUGAAGAAGAAACGCUCUGGAGGAAGCCGACCUUGUGCUGUUGGGAAAAGGACACCAAGGUUCCCUGUUUCAUUUCCAAGUGAAAGGUUUAAUGCGGAAAGUAAUGUUUCUCCCAGAAGGCCAGGCUUGAAGCUAAAGGCUAAUGCCAAUGAUGAUGAAGUAGCUCAGGAGAUAGCCAUUGCUUUAGCAGAGGCAUCACAAAAAGGUGGCUCUUCCAAGGUUUCACGGACACCAAGUAAAAUAGCUGAAAGUGUUAUGUCAUCACCUUUUAGAUAUGCUCAGAGAAAGCAUUCGCUAGCAGAAAUGACCAGCCACCAGAAUGCUGCCUUGGAUGAAGAAGAAUUAGAAGGAAGCACAGAAGCUGACACUGGUGAGCUGUCUAGGUACAAACCUUCCGUAGUGAAAGAGAAGACAAAGAAACUCAAAGGCAAAAAUUAUGAAAUUGGUAAUAAUGGCGAGCAUCUCUUGGAUGACAUCAAGGAAGAAUGUAGUGGAACAGAAGAAGGUCAGCGGUUUGGAGCAAUGAAAGGCAACUUUCAUGUGGAGGUCACCGAUACCAAGAUUUCGAGGUCCUCUGUGCAGAGUCAGAGAAAGAAGAGCAAAAAGGUUCUCUUUGGAAAAGAUGAUGCUCCAGCCUUCGAUGCCCUGCAAACACUGGCUGAUUUGUCACUGAUGAUGCCCUUAGGAGAUGAAGAUGAUUCAAGGCUGCAAUUCAAAGACGAUCCUGUUGAUGAGUUGCUGUCUACAGAAUCUUUGCCAAUGAACCAGAAAAAAGAAAAACGUAGAUACUCAGUGGUAAGAAUGAAAGGGCACAAACCAAUAUCAAGUUCUGAAAUUGCACCCAGUAAAACCUCAAAACCUGGAAAAGCUUCAGCUAUUGGUUCUGUUCCUGAAGAAGAUCAGGAUCUUCAACUAGCUAUCACCAAAACACCAAGAAGAAAACAAAAGAUGCAAGCGUCUAAGAUUCUAAAAACUGAAGCUCAUCCAGAUAUUCAUUUAAGUCGAUCUCCUCAGGUUGAGGAUGGAGAUCCUGGGAAGAAGUUAAUGAAUAGAAGUAAGAAAUCUUCUCAAAGUGGCUCACCACAUUUACUAAGAAAUUCAGAGAAUUCUUCCAGUGCUGAUAUACGAAAAGAAGCAUGUGAGCCAGCACAAUCAGUUGCACAUGUUCCUGUGGCUCAUCAGGUCAACUUACCAACUAAAGUCAGGAGCAGACGAAAAAUGGACCUCAAGGAACGACAAAAACUUCUUGAUAAAGUCUCAAAUGACCAAAGUGAUCCGUCUAUUGCUUCAGUACAUGACAGAGCACUUAAUUCCAAGAAAAAUAUGUCCAUUUGCUUGUCAAAUCCUCGUCUGAGAAGAUGGUGCACUUAUGAAUGGUUCUACAGCGCCAUUGAUUAUCCUUGGUUUGCAAAGAGGGAGUUUGUUGAAUAUCUGUAUCAUGUUGGAUUGGGUCAUGUGCCAAGAUUAACACGUGUAGAGUGGGGUGUCAUUAGAAGUUCUCUUGGUAAGCCACGACGAUUUUCAGAGCAGUUCCUAAAGGAAGAGAAGGAUAAGCUUAAUCAGUACCGGGAUUCUGUUAGAAAACAUUAUACUGAGCUUCGUGAAGGUGUUCGGGAGGGACUGCCAACUGACCUCGCGCGGCCUUUAUCGGUUGGACAACGUGUCAUUGCCAUCCAUCCAAAAACAAGAGAGGUCCAUGACGGAAGUGUGCUGACUGUUGAUCAUUCUAGGUGUCGGGUCCAAUUUGACCGUCAUGAGCUAGGAGUUGAAUUUGUCAUGGACAUCGACUGCAUGCCUUUGAAUCCUCUCGAGAAUCUGCCUAUAGCAUUGGUUGGGAAAAAACCAAUUUCUGCUGAUAGGUUUUUCGAAAAUUUCAACGAGCUAAAAGUAGGUGGACGAAUACAAGAGUGCAUGAAGCUUUGCCCCGGUGACAAAGUUGAUGCCACUGACGAUAUCUCCCACUUGUCUCUGUCAGCUGAUCCUGCAACUUUGUUGAAUCAGACAAAGGUCUCUACUGCAAAUACUAAUAUGCAAAUGAGGAUUGGAUCUGCUGAAACUGCCGAUUACCAACAAAUGGCAUAUUCUCAGCCUAGUGCACUGGCUCAGAUCCAGGCGAAGGAAGCUGAUGUUCAAGCUCUCGCUGAGCUGACUCGUGCACUUGAGAAAAAGGAAGCUGUUGUUCAAGAGCUGAGGCGCAUGAACGACGAUGUGUCCAGAUAUCAGAUUGACGGCGAUAGCCCUUUGAAGGACUCUGAGCCAUUUAAAAAACAAUAUGCUGCAGUACUUGUACAGUUGAAUGAAGCCAAUGAACAGGUUUCUUCUGCUUUAUAUUGCUUGAGACAGAGGAAUACAUAUCAAGGAAACAUGCCACUUUUAUGGUCCAGGCCAGGCACAAAUUUUGCUGAUCCUGGCGGGGAAUUUUCUCUCGACCGUUCUGCAUGUCAAACGAUCGAAUCGGGACCCCACGUGAACGAGAUCAUCGAUAGUUCGAGAACAAAAGCACGUGCAAUGGUGGAUGCUGCUAUGCAGGCGAUGUCGUCUCUCAAGUGUAGGGAGGACACCACCGAGAAGAUUGAGGAAGCUAUAGAUUAUGUUAACGACCGGCUUCCUUCUGAUGAUUCCAGCACGCCUAUGGCACCUAAUCCUAAGGCUACAAGUGCAUCCGACUCAGAGUCUCAAAUUCCUUUCGAGUUGAUCUCCAAAUGCGUCGCGACUUUGCUUAUGAUUCAGAAGUGCACACAACGGCAGUUUCCUCCAUCCGAUGUGGCACAGAUUCUGGAUUCCGCCGUGACAAGCUUGCAGCCACGCAGCUCGCAGAAUCUCCCCGUUUACACCGAAAUACAGAAGUGCAUGGGCAUCAUCAGGAACCAGAUAAUGGCAUUAAUACCGACGUAGACACGGCUUCGCCGGCGAUCGGCUUCUGCUGGUAGUGUAAAUAAUUCAUUUCUUGAUUCUCUUAGCUUUCAUUCUUUGUUAACAUUGAAUGAGGGAAAUGGAGUGAGAGCCAUUGAAUGUUUGAUUGCUGAGUAGUUUUUUUCUUCUCAAGGUAUUGUAGCUUUGAACUUAAUUCGCCUUGGCAUUAAUUGUUGGAUUGAGAUGCUGUUUUCAAUUUUUGUAAGUUGAUUUUAGGCUUGAAUUAGUCCCUAUAAUUAAUCAUCUUUUAGUGAAUUUUGUUUGA